CAUUGAUAAGGGUCUUGGUAAAAACGGGUUUCACGUGCUGUUCCUGAUGAGUCUGUUCGACAUUCGACCUUUUUCGUGGUGAAGUUGCAGUCUCAAAAUGCCGCCCAAGCAGCAACAGAAGGGGAAGGACUCCGGCAAGUCUAAGACCAGCCAGAAGAAGCCCACAUCAGGGGGAGGCAAGGCCAAGAAGAAGAAGUGGUCCAAGGGCAAAGUCCGCGACAAGCUCAACAACUUGAUCCUGUUUGACAAGGCAACGUACGACAAACUCUACAAAGAAGUCCCCAGCUACAAGCUGAUCACACCAUCGGUGGUCUCCGAGAGGCUUAAGAUCAGGGUGUCGCUAGCCCGAGCCGCGCUCAAAGAACUCCUUGCAAAGAAUAUGAUCAAGGAGGUAGAGAAGCACCACUCCCAGCUCAUCUACACCCGGAACACCAAAGGAGCCGACGAUUCUGCCGAGAAGUGAUUUCCAUCCCACCCUGCUUCGUAACCUGUGGACCCCCGCUCCAUACCCAGGGUCUUUUUAUCUCCUCGGAUACACUGGAACACCCCCCUAACCAUCAUCAUCAUCAUCGGCGGCCCUUUCAAGUUGUGGCGAUGGCAUUGCCCACAAGGCUCAGAUUUGAUCGUUGGGCAUCACUGCUCUUAGGCUCCUCAGUAAAUCAGACCCGAACGUCGGACGGACUUGAAAGUUUUUAACCUGCCCAAGAAAGAACGUUUCUGGAACUCUUGGGAUAAUAUAAGUCCUAGCCCUAUAAAACCCUAGCCUUAAUUGGCGCAAGUUGUUUUGUGUGAAAACUUAGAAAUAAAAACCCAUGUACUGGGAAUGUGGAUAAAGUA